AUGAAGUUUAUGAAGUACGCAGUUUUCUUUUACAAAUCCGUGGGCAUUGAGCCAUAUACAAAGGUCUCUGGUCCAAAGAAAAUCAGUCUGUGGUCGAAUCUCCUUUUCUGGGCCAAUGUGAUAAAUUUAAGUGUGAUUGUUGUUGGAGAGUUUCUUCACCUGGGAAUUGCAUUAUACAGUGGAAAAUUGAUUGAUGCCGUGACUGUGUUGUCCUAUAUCGGAUUUGUGUUCGUGGGGAUGAGCAAGAUGUUAUUCAUCUGGUGGAAAAAGCCGGACCUUAGUGAUAUGGUGCAAGAGUUGGAGCACAUAUAUCCUCAGACCAAAGAUCAGGAGAAGGUCUAUCGAUUGGAUAGCUAUCUGCGAUCUUGUUCUAGGAUUAGCAUCACCUACGCACUACUCUACUCAGUGCUCAUCUGGACCUUCAAUUUGUUCAGCACCAUGCAGUUCCUCGUCUACGAACUGUGGCUCAAGAUCCGUGUAGUCGGUCUGAGUUUACCAUACCCGGUGUACUUCCCCUGGAACUGGGAGGCCCCCUGGUCGUAUUAUCUGCUCUUGUUCUGUCAGAAUUUCGCAGGACACACUUCGGCAUCGGGACAGAUCUCUACGGAUCUCUUACUCUGUGCCGUGGCCACUCAGGUGACUAUGCACUUCGAUCACCUGGCCAGGGUUGUGGAGAAUCAUCGCUUGGGUGAGGACUGGAGCGAGAACUCGCGAUUUUUGGCCGAGGCUGUGCGAUAUCACCAGCGGAUUCUCCGACUAAUGGACGUCCUUAACGAUAUAUUCGGAAUACCACUCCUGCUCAACUUUAUGGUUUCCACAUUUGUCAUCUGCUUUGUGGGAUUCCAAAUGACCGUGGGAGUUCCGCCGGAUAUCAUGGUUAAGCUUUCUCUGUUCCUCUUCUCAUCAUUGUCGCAGGUGUACUUGAUAUGUCACUACGGCCAGUUGAUAGCCGAUGCGAGCUCUGGCCUAUCUAUUGCUGCCUACAAACAGAACUGGACCGAUGCCGAUGUUCGCUAUCGUCGUGCACUGGUAUUCUUCAUAGCUCGACCCCAAAGAACAACUUUUCUGAAGGCAACAAUCUUUAUGAAUAUAACAAGGGCCUCAAUGACUGAUCUGCUUCAGAUAUCCUACAAGUUUUUCGCUCUGCUACGUACUAUGUAUAUCAAAUAA